AUGGGUAUAUUUAUAGAAAAUUGCCCAAUGUGGAAAACAACAGUAAAAAUUUGGGAGCAUUUGAGGUUAACCAUGAUUCUGUCCUCCACUUCCUCCUCAUCCCCCUCCACUUCCUCCUCAUCCCCCUCCCCUUCCUCAUCAUCCCCUCCCCCUCCACUUCCUCCUCAUCCCCCUCCCCUUCCUCCUCAUCCCCCUCCCCUUCCUCCCUCAUCCCCCUCCCCUUCCUCCUCAUCCCCCCUCCCCUUCCUCCUCAUCCCCCUCCACUUCCUCCUCAUCCCCCUCCCCUUCCUCCUCCCCCCUCCACUUCCUCCUCACCCCCCACUUCCUCCUCAUCCCCCUCCACUUCCUCCUCAUCCCUCUCCCCUUCCUCCUCAUCCCCCUCCACUUCCUCCCUCAUCCCCCUCCCCUUCCUCCUCAUCCCCCUUCACUUCCUCCUCUCCCCCUCCCCUUCCUCCUCACCCCCCCACUUCCUCCUCAUCCCCCUCCCCUUCCUCCUCAUCCCCCCCUCCCCCUCCUCCUCAUCCCCCUCCACUUCCUCCUCUCCCCCUCCCCCUUCCUCCUCAUCCCCCUCCACUUCCUCCUCAUCCCCUCCCCUUCCUCCUCAUCCUCCUCCCCUUCCUCCUCAUCCCCCUCCACUUCCUCCUCAUCCCCCUCCCCUUCCUUCCCCUCUUCCUCCUCCUCCAGUGUGUAGCCACCCCAGGGCUCAGGCGGAGGACAGGCUACUGAAGACUCUGUUCAGCCAUUACAACAAACUGGCACGCCCUGUGGCCAAUGUCUCUGAUGUGGUGCGUGUGCGCUUUGGGUUGUCCAUUGCCCAGCUUAUUGAUGUGGUGAGAAGGAAAUAAAACUUAAAUACCUUUAAAGCCAUGCAUAUGCCUGAGUGCCAAAAAUGUUGAUUUUAAUUUACUUUGUGUUUGGAGAAUUCUAUGGGUCCGAUUCAGUCGAAUCUGCAUUUCUGCAUUUACACAGUAGCUCUUUUUCUUGAGAUCAAAUAAAAUCAAAGAGUGGUUCUGGACUGUACUGUUUGAGUUACUUUGUAAACAUGGCUAUGACAGGAUUGACUGAAUACCAGCCUGUCUAUGCAGAUGAUGCAAUGAGUAGGUGCAUACCAUCAUCUUCCAUCUUUAUACUGUUUGUCUUUUCUCAAAAUCAGGAUGAGAAAAAUCAAAUGAUGAUCACUAAUGUCUGGGUGAAACAAGUGAGUCCAAUCAAAAUGACACAACGUUUUUGUGUCUGAAUGAUCUAUUAUAUUUGUAGUGUUAUUUGGUCAAACUGAGUUUUUAUUGGUCUGUUUCCUCCAGGAGUGGAAUGACUACAAGCUCUGCUGGAAUCCUAAGGAAUACGAGAAUGUCACCUCCAUGCACAUCCCAUCCCAGCUAAUCUGGAGACCAGAUAUAGUUCUUUACAACAAGUAUGUAAUGUUGUAAUGCUAAGAAUGCAUGCUAAGUAUGUACUUUGAAACAUCUCUUUAAAUGUUCACCCAUAUUAAGAAAUUACUUAGAUGAUUCCUUACCUUUAAAAGUAGUUUAAUAGUUUCCUUCUGUGUUGUGUGUAAAGGAUUGACUUCUGUCUGGAUGGAUUUUAGUUUUUAUUUAUAUAAAUAGAAAAUAACAGGCAUUAGUUUCAUGUGUUUCAACUGCAUCUGCACCUGAUGAAUAGUAGGGAAGAACCUACUAGUUUUUUUCCUAAUUACUCAGAGAUCAAUAGAGCUAGAGACACCGUAUUUCAUGACAAACAACUUAUAUAUCUCCUCUACCAUUAUCAACUGUAAUUUCAUUUCUAGGGUAAAUGAGUUGAAAUUAAAUAGACCGAGAACAGAACUACCGCAACAUUACUUUUGUACCUGCCGGCGGGGCGGGAGUAACACAGCCUUGGGAAGGAAGUAACAGCUGGCGAGAAGUGCACAAUAUCUGUCUUAUCUCCAUGUUUCUGGUUUGUAAUGUUGGUUACUUUCAACAUAAUUUCAUGUUUGUGUCGAUUUGAAUAAUGAAUACUCAUAGGUUCAACAUUUAUGAAAGUGCAAUGUUGCGCUACCACAAUAUUUUGCUUCACAAUAUUAAUCGGACUAAAAUGAAUCAUAUACCACCUAUAUUAACCAUCAUUUUCUCAUCUCACUUUAAUUGGAAUGUAGUAGAUGUUUUUCACCAUUUUCAAUUAUUCAUGCUUAGCCCUACCAAUCAGUUGUGCUCCAGCUGUCCUUGUCAUGCGCGCUCCUCAUGUCAUUCUCUUCAUGAAUGGCAAACUCAUCAUGCUUAUCACAUUUCCAUGGCUUGACAGAAUUAUAAAGAUAUACACAGUGUACAAAAUAUUAAGAACACCUCUCUACCCUCAAUUCGUCCGGGCAUGGACUGUACAAGGUGUCGAAAACGUUCCACAGGGAUGCUUGCCCAGUUGGCUGGAUGUCCUUUGGGUGGUGGACCAUUCUUGAGACACAUGGGAAACUGUUGAGCCUGAAAAAGCCAUAUCUCAGACGGCCCAUCUUAAUAUUUUAUUUUUAUUGGCCAGUCUGAGAUAUGGCUUUUUCUUUGCAACUCUGCCUAGGUCAGCAUCCUGGAGUCGCCUCUUCACUGUUGAUGUUGAGACUGGUGUUUUGCGGGUAUUAUUUAAUGAAGCUGCCAGUUGAGGACCUGUGAGGCGCCUGUUUCUCAAACUAGACACUCUAAUAUAUUUGUCCUCUUGCUCAGUUGUGCACCGGGGCCUCUCACUCCUCUUUCUAUUCUGGUUAGAGCCAGUUUGCGCUGUUCUGUGAAGGGAGUAGUACACAGCGUGGUACGAGAUCUUCAGUUUCUUGGCAAUUUCUCGCAUGGAAUAGCCUUCAUUUCUCAGAACAAGAAUAGACUGACGAGUUUCAGAAGAAAGUUAUUUGUUUCUGGGUAUUUUGAGCCUGUAAUCAAACCCACAAUUGCUGAUGCUCCAGAUCCUCAACUAGUCUCAAGAAGGCCAGUUUUAUUGCUUAUUUAAUCAGCACAACAGUUUCCAGCUGUGCUAACAUAAUUGCAAAAGGGUUUUCUAAUGAUCAAUUAACCUUUUAAAAUGAUAAACUUGGAUUAGCAAACACAACGUGCCAUUGGAACACAGGACUGAUGGUUGCUGAUAAUGGGCCUUUGUAUACCUAUGUAGAUAUUCCAUUAAAAAUCAGCCGUUUCCAGCUACAAUAGCCAUUUACAACAUUAACAAUGUCUACACUGUAUUUCUGAUCAAUUGUGUGUCAUUUUAAUGGACAAUUUGUUUUAUUUUCUUUCGAAAACAAGGACAUUUCUAAGUGACCCCAAACAUUUGAACAGUAGUGUAUAUUUUUAACCAAUUACCUGAUGAUAAAAGCUUCUGUGAGAAGCUGAUCCAUCAAGUCAAUUGAUUAAGACAUAAUUCUAAUGAUUUCAUAUAUAAUUUUCAAACAUUCAGUUACUUGUUGAUAUUUUGCUAACAUCAUAAAAGCAAUAUGAAUUAAAGGAGACAAUGGCCUGUGCUUAAACGUUUUAUUUUAUUUUAUUCCAGGUCAUCAGUUACUUUCGUCUCACCCGUCUCUCCUGUAACUUCUCCCAGGCUAACACCCAAACUAAACACAACUCUUCAACCGAAAAACACUUCAGGGUCCGUUUUUUUUACUUACAUUGGUGAAACAUGGUCAGGCUGUUUUUUUGCAGGGAGGUCAUCCACCACAUUAGGAACGUGCUGACUUCACUACUCAUUCUAGCUUCUGUGUUAUCUGAGAAAAUGGGCACGUUACUUUCGCCCCUCCCCUAAAACAAUAUAACUCAGUGCCCAUAGAGAACAUGAAUACUCGUUUCGUUUGACCAAAAGCAAUAACAGCAUAGUUAUAAUGCUAACAUGCUGGUCUGUAUAGCUAGCAUAGAAUGCUAAAAACAACACAGAGAGCUAGCAGCUUGUGCUCGGUGAACAUUCCAUUGUGAUUGGGUACAAAGAGAAGGUUCUAAACAAACAGAAUUCAGACUAAAUGUAAGAAUAAAGUUUACAAGCAACACAUUUCACUUCUUUUUAGUGGAUAUAUAAUGAUAUUGUCACUCUUUUAAUGACAGAAUUAGCCGAGCAGAAACAACACAUACCUUUUCACGGGGUCAUCACUAGUUACCACACCUAGUCAUAAACCCCGCCUAUUUCCACAAAAUCAGAUUUUUAACCUUAACCAUAAUCUUAACCACACUGCUAACCUUACGCCUAACCCAACCUUAAAUUAAGACCAAAAAGCACAUUUUUGUUUUCGUGAUUUUUUACGAUAUAGACUUUGUGUCUGUGGAAACCUUCUCACAGGAGCAGAAGGAAAGAGGAAGUAAAAUGGGCAAGUUCACAGGAAAUGGACCAAACCAUUUUAUAGUUCAAAGUUCAUAUUUUCUUAUACCAACUCUGAUGAUCUUAGAUGACAGAUACAGAUAGAUUUUACUAAUACACCAACAUAGUAAUGGCAACAUAAUAAGGCAAUACCACAGUAGAUAAUUAUUUCUGAAAUAGAAUAAUCCCUAAAGUGACCUGAUUGACCGAGUCCACUCUAAGAUCAUUCGGCCCAAUCAGCGGAGCCAGUCAACAGUAGCGUUGUGUGGGUAAAAUCACUGAGGAAGCCAAGCCAGGAAAAAAUUCCAUAUUACAACCUGUGUUGUGAUAAUUGCGUUGUUUGCUCUUUAACCUGUUAGUUCAUAUGCCUUGCGACCAUGAUAUAUAGGCUUAAGGCCGAGACAAUAAGAAUACACAGUGGCAAAAUAAAUUCAACCACACCUUUAUUUCAUCACAAAACCAGAGAGCAACAUCUGUCUGGUGAAGUCCACAAAGCAUAUUGCAUGUAACAAACAGUUGCAUAACCUACAGCAUGGUCAAGCAAGUUAAUGUUUCCGACAUUUUCGGUCUACUAAACAACUAUCGAUUAGAGCCACGGAGAAUUACCACAAGUCGCAAAGAACACAGGCCCUGCCUCCACUCUUCCAGCACCAUUUCAUCAUCUAAUCACCUAUGCUUAGUCUAAUACAGUGACUAAAAGACAGCAAAAACGAUUUACUCUUAUCCAGAGCGACUAGGGUUAGGUGCCUUGCUCAAGGGCACAUCAACAGAUUUUUCACCUAGUCGGCUCGGGGAUUAGAACCAGCGACCUUUCAGUUACUGGCACUACGCUCUUAACCACUAAGCUACCUGCCGCCCUAUUUAGUCCAAUCAACUAUUUAGUCCAAUCAACGUUAACUAAAUAUGAUGUGGCUGUCCAUGGGACUGAUUUCUGUGUGUGUGUGUGUGUGUGUGUGUGUGUGGCUGUGUGUGUGUGUGUGUGUGUGUGUGUGUGUGUGUGUGUGUGUGUGUGUGUGUGUGUGUGUGUGUGUGUGUGUGUGUGUGUGUGUGUGUGUGUGUGGCUGUGUGUGUGUGUGUGUGUGUGUGUGUGUAUGCAAGUAGAAAAAACAUGUUGACUUUUAGAGAAACGCCAUCUUCCUCUUUCAUGUUGCCUAAACGGUCAAUGGCUGUAAUACACGCUUUAAAUGUUUGUUGUUCUAGGCUACCUGGCUAAAAUGCUUGCUCACUAGCGUAUCUUCCUUUCAUGGGCAAUGAUGCGCCAGGCCAGCUAGUUUACGUUAACCUAAUUUUACCACAUCUAGCUACAUGUUAAACUUCCAUCCUCUCGGUGAUACUGAUCCAACCAUAAAUUCACAAUGUAUGAAUUUAUGGUUGGAUCAGUAUCACCGUUAUAAUAUAUUGGCCAGUACGGAGUAUUAAGUAAGACCACGUGUCCGAAUCCCUAUCUCCAUCCAUGGCUAAUUUAGGAAAGGGAUGAUUUUAGCUAGCUAGCUAGCCACCGGAGGACAACAACACAACGAGAAGCAACAAUUAAAGUUUUCUGUCAAUGACAUUUGACGUCUAAUGUGAUGUGAUUGGUGUGAAGCCAAAUCCAAACUGCGCCAGGACCAUUCACACCUGAGCUCACUCAGUUUAGCUCAACGCUGAUUGGCUAUUUUAUCAAAAGAAAUAUCAAGGGAGGCCAAAUGCUCACUGGCUUCCCUUGCAAUCAAUGGUACGUGCGGCAACAAUGUCAUACUCUUUUUGACCAGACAUAGACGGGCUACACAUACAGAAACAGAGGGGCGAGGUUUCAUUCGUUUGGAUGCUUUCUCCGGUGAGAUACGUUCAGCCUCUUGCGAAUUGAAGGACAUGUAUGAAACACAGAGAGACGAAAGAUACAUUAUUUUGUAUGUUUUUUUCAUGGUCAUUUUUUGUGUGAAGCCUGGCUUCCCUUGGCAUCCAUGAAUACACGCCACUGAGAGUCAAAGUGUCGUACCCCUGGUAUAUCUACAUAAAAUAUUUGUUUUGUUUAUGUGGCGACCCCACUGCAAUUCGACUUCACUAGGACAUCUGCAAUCCACACUUUAUGCUUGUAUAUAUAGCCACAGCCACAAUUUUUAUUUAUUUAUUUUAUUUCACCUUUAUUUAACCAGGUAAGCCAGUUGAGAACAAGUUCUCAUUUACAACUGCGACCUGGCCAAGAUAAAGCAAAGCAGUGCGAUAAAAACAACAACACAGAGUUACAUAUGGGGUAAAAAAAAAAACAUAAAGUCAAAAAUACAACAGAAAAUAUAUAUAGACAGUGUGUGCAAAUGUAGCAAGUUAUGGAGGUAAGGCAAUCUUAUACCAUUGAUGACCAAAAAAAACCCAAUGAGAGUGGAAGGGCAAUUUCUCUUUAUUGUCUAAUCUGUCAGGCCAUUCCUUAACAUACAAUCUAGCUCUAUCAUCCCUUCUUAUCUCUAGUGCAGAUGGUGAUUUCUCCGUGACCCACCUGACCAAGGCCCACCUGUUCCACGAUGGGCGCAUCAAAUGGGUUCCCCCAGCCAUCUACAAGUCCUCCUGCAGCAUCGACGUCACCUUCUUCCCUUUCGACCAGCAGAACUGCACCAUGAAGUUUGGCUCGUGGACCUACGACCGCACCAAGAUCGACCUAAUCAGCAUGGCAGGCAACGUGGACCAGAUGGACUACUGGGAAAGCGGCGAGUGGGUGCUGGUGGACGCCGUGGGCAACUACAACAUCAAGAAGUACGAGUGCUGCCACGAGGUCUACUCUGACAUCACCUAUUCCUUCAUCAUCCGGAGGCUACCUCUGUUCUACACUAUUAAUCUGAUAAUACCCUGUCUGCUCAUCUCCUGCCUGACUGUCCUGGUGUUCUAUCUGCCCUCCCAGUGUGGAGAGAAGAUCACCCUGUGUAUCUCUGUGUUGCUGUCUCUCACCGUCUUCCUCUUGCUUAUUACCGAGAUCAUCCCGUCUACCUCGCUGGUCAUCUCGCUCAUCGGGGAGUACCUCCUCUUCACCAUGAUCUUCGUCACCCUGUCUAUCAGCAUCACCAUCUUCGUGCUCAACGUGCACCACCGCUCGCAACGCACGGACACCAUGCCCCGCUGGGUGCGCCGUGUCUUCCUGGAUGUCGUCCCUGGCUUCCUGUUCAUCCGGCGGCCCGCCGUGGUCAAGGACAACAGCAAGAAGCUGGCGGAGGCCAUGCCAAAGAGGGCCACACUAUUGGGUGGGCUGGAGGCCAGCUUUCCUCCCACUUCCCCCCUGGAGGUCCAGGAGAUCCUGGCCCGCUCCCCUUCUCUUUCCCUGGGCCGACCCAUGGAGGGUUCCCUGCCCCCCAAGCUUCCCCAGCAACAGCAGCAGCCCCUGGACAGAUCCCCCAGCCAGUACUCCAUCCUCCUGGAGGAGCCGACCGCCUCGUCGCAGCCAGGCUGCUCUCCCUCUCCCCCGUUCCUCCACCCUCUCUACCUGCCCAGGGACAAGCACCACGCGGCCUGGCCCAAGAUGCGCUCCCUCAGCUUACAGUACGGCCUGGGGGAGAGGGAGCGCCCCCAGACCAGCGUCCGCUGUCGCUCGCGCAGCAUCCAGUACUGCUCCCUGCAUGAGGAGGCCUCCUCCAUGGGUAACGGCAUGCAGCGGCCUCUCUCUCAGCACCCGUCCCUGAUGGAGGAGAGGAAGCAGAGCUGCUCAGCUGUCUGCAAGUAUCACGCAGGCCUGUCCGAGGCAGCCAAAGCCAUGACCAAGGACCAGCGGCUCCUCGCCUUAUCCCCGUCCAUGAAGAUGGCCAUGGAAGGUGUGCAGUACAUCGCAGACCACCUCCGUUCGGAGGAUAUCGACUUCUCUGUAAGCAAGGGUCUCAUCAUUAACAUGUAAACUGAGGAGGCAAGUCUAUGGUUCCAUCUGCUGGCCCCUUCAGUUUAUCUACAGUGUUUGCACACUGAAAAUAUAGAAGAUGGGGCGACAUGGCACCCUCAAUUUUAGCAAUUUGUAUGCUGAAGAUGUAGAACAUAUUGUUUAUUUUUACGCAUCAUUAUUUCAAAGAUAUCAAAAAAAGUGCAUGACACAAAACUCAAUCGGGCUUUACAGUUAGGAAUGCCAGUGGAUAAGGGUCUUGGCAUUUGCCACACAAUGACAUAUAUUUCAGAGUGCAAUGAUGUAUACUGCAUUUCAAUGGUGGAAAACCUGAACCAUAGGAACACAAAUUAUAUCCAUUUAAAUAUGUCAACAGUUGUUCAUUCUGUGAAGUAAUUAAAAACUGAUUUCUGUCAUCAUUCAGGUGAAGCAGGAGUGGAAGUACGUGGCUAUGGUCAUAGACCGGAUCUUUCUGUGGCUGUUCAUCUUGGUGUGUAUCCUGGGGACCCUGGGACUCUUCCUCCCUCCCUGGCUGGCUGGAAUGAUAGACCUAUCUGUCUGA